AUGGAUGCAAUUCUGAACUGCAGACCGGAUGACUUGGAAGAUUACUACAACUUGCUAGGAUGCGAUGAGCUGUCUACGGUUGAACAAAUUAUUGCAGAAUAUAAGAUUAAAGCCCUUGAAUGUCAUCCCGACAAACACCCUGGAAACCCUGAAGCAGUGGAGAACUUCCAGAAGCUGCAGCAGGCUAAGGAGAUUCUUACUAAUGAAGAGAGCCGAGCGCAAUAUGACUACUGGCGACGGAGCAAAAUUCCUAUUCCCUUCCAGCAGUGGGAGGCCCUCAGCCAGUCUGUGAAAACGUCAAUGCACUGGGCUGUCCAAAGUAAGAAGGACCAAAUGCUGGAAGCUCCUGACUUGAAUAAUAGCAGUAACGUAACUGAUGAGAUUUGGACCCAACAGCCUGAAAACAAUGAGGAUGGGUUGUCGGAUGGGAACAGAGAGCAAGAAGAUGUUGCAGUUCCUGAUGUAAAACCACAGUCUUCCAAGAAUCCAGACUCCCCAAGAUUUUCCGAGGCUAAUUACUGGCAUUUGCGUUUCCGCUGGUCGGGGGAUGCCCCAUCAGAGCUUCUGAGGAAAUUCAGAAACUAUGAGAUCUGAAAUGCAGAGUAGACGAGAGCAUGGAAUUAUCUGUUCGUCAGUUCAAUAUUCCUUUUUGUUAGCUGUUAUAAGUUAUUUGUGUUUUGUAUUCAUUUAUUGUGAUGUCAGCAUUGUUGGAAGAAAUGUCUGAAUCCUGAUUUGUUAACACAUACUGUAAAUGUUAGAGAUGGAGUCUUAAUGUUUAAUAGGCAAAUGUAAUAAGCAAGGUCCAUUUCAGUAUUAACAAAGUGGCUUUGUGAAGUUAUCUAAUAUCUUUUAUAUUGUCUGUUGUAUUCUUCAAUACUGUGUAUGGAGUAAUACUGUUCUCAAUUCUGUGAUGUUAUAAAGCAUGUACUACUGGUAGAAUGCAAAGUCGGUGUAAAGACUCCAGUAUAUCAUAUUGUUCAGUGUUGAUCUUCCAAAAGCUACACUGCAAUGAAUCUUAAACAAACUGCUUAUUUCUAAAUUACACACUCUGAUGCACUUCUCCAUUGCAUGGGACUUAGUGUAGGGAUUUAUAGUGCACACUUGCAUGAUAGUAUUACAAACUGAACUUGUUGAAAAUUGUGAUCAUAUGAUAUAGAUUAAAUAACCCUCUUAUUGUCCAAGAAGGUCCCUGAGAUAGAUCAAGCAUUCUUAAAAAUCACUUACUUUCUAUCUUAAAAGGUGUUUCUUGUACCAGUU